ACCUCAUAUUCUUUGAAUUAUGGGUAAGACAUGUCUGCGCUCUGUCUUCAUUCUGAGGACAGCAUUACUUCAAAGUGAAAACCGCGUUAUCAUCACUCUAAACCAGGAUCUCUAGCUACACAACACGGGACGUUGUCAGUUUAAAGCAUAUGGUUUGAACAUUAAGUCUGAAUAUGUCGGAAAAUACCCAGAAGGAGAGCCUCUCUGGAAAUGCGCUCACCAGAGCAGUGAUUGCUGAAAUGCUGGCGAAGAAUUUCGAAAAACUGCCUGACAAUGAUCAGAAACUCUUCCUCUAUGGACCUUUGUAUCUCGGGGGAAACGCGGCACUUGCGGGAUUAAUUUCCAACAGCUUGUAUCGCAGAGCUCUGAAUGUCACGCAGGCGCCCAUCACCUCCGGCCUGCCGAUGGCCGUGCUGCCCUUCAUGACAACAGCUGCCCUGUACAACGCAGUGGUGUCCAGCUCCCUCCUGUCCGGUGACCUCAACUGUCCCUCAUGUGCCAUGAUACGAGGUGCACUUGUGGGUGUGGUUGGUGCUGGUGUGUACCCCAUCCUCCUGGCCUUACCCGUGAAUAUUGGCCUUGCAUCCAGGUACAACACAGCACCGAUGCCAGAGAAGGGCAAUGUGCUCCGGUACUGGGUGGACCUGUCCAGACCGAUCCUUAGAAGAAUGAGGGCAGUGUUGGUGCUCCAGGCCUUCUUCGGCACCUACCUGGGCUCCAGGCAUUUUGAAUCUUACACCAAACUGGCCCAGAUAACAUUUGGUUCAGGUGGAGAGGAACUCAAAGACUAAAACCUUUUAAACUGAACCUUCAAAUAAGCACGUUGUUUUGUAUUGAUUUGCCAUCAUUUUACAUGGAAUAUGUCUGAGAUUUUCCCCCAGAAAUAACAUUAAAUAUGGGCUUUGUAAGAUUGCUGGUUUGUCUAAAUUAACUGUGUACAUCGGCUGUCUUUCAGGCAUAUUAAGAUGAUUUAUUCAAAUCAGAAUCAGUUCCAUGCAAUAAAGAGAUAACAUUUAUCAAAAUCUGGCAUAAUCUUCAUCAGAUAUCAUUUAAAUAAAAGCUGAAACAAUGAGUCAAUCAUUACAAAAAUAAUCUACAAUAAUUUUGAAAAUUGUUUUAAGUCAUUUAUAAAGCAAAGUGCCACAUCUGCUAUUUCCAGCAUCUCAAAUUUAUUGAUGUUCUCUGCUUUAUCACUUUUUAUAUUAAAUAUGGACAAAACAAUUAAUUUAAAGAGGUCACCUUGGUCUUUGGUAAAUUGCAAUGGGCAGUUUUCACAAUUCUGUGAUAUGUUGUAGAUAAACUAAUUAAAUUAUCAAUUUAAAAAAUAACUGAAAGAUUAAUCUGUAAGGAAAAUAAAUGACAGUUUCAUUCGA